AUGCUCCAGCCAGAAUACCCAAACUCCCUACGCACUCUUCAAAACGAUAACAACCAGCUCGCCUUCAAUGGCGAUCCCGAAGCCAGCAGGAGGGAGACGGGGACAGGAAAGGGAACGGCAGGAGGGGAUUUGGUGGAUGCUGUGCUCGGUCCAGGGACGGCGAGCGGGCAAGUCGGAAAGCAGCAAGAAGGGCAAGAGCAGACGUCGGCGGGUAGGAAGGGGCCGACUGUGGCGGAUGUGCUCACUACGGAGAGAGCUUUGAGUCUGUGGUGGGGGUACGCUAGGGACAGUGUUGAGAUUACGCAGCGGUUUGAAUCGAAGACGCAGAGCUCUACGUUGCUUGUCCCUGUGGAUCGGGCCAUCAUGGCUUUGACUAGAAAGCCGUGCCCGUCCGAGGGCUCAUCUUCCGAGGAUGCCGUACUCAAGUUCAUCAGCGCCCACAUCAUCGAUGGAACACCCGAAGAGGGCCCCCUUCCUACCCUCCUCCCCGACUUUUCCGUCUACCUCGUAAAAGAUGCGAGCGCAAAAGGCGGAUGGCGGGUCAAGCCCGGGAAUAUUGAAGUACUCGGCGAGCGGUCAGGUGUCAAUGGUCGCGUGCUGUAUUUGGCUGAGGUGCUGCCUUAUGUGAAGGACCAAGACGUUGUCGUGUAG